GCCCGCGGCGGGAAGCAGCGGCGGCGUCACGUGACGCGGGGCGGGGCGCGCUGGGCCCCCACCUUCCCCGUGCCCUGGCGCGGCGCGCGCGGGAGCGGCGCGGCGCGAGCUCCCUAUGGUGCCAGGGACGGCUGUCCCGGCCCCGCCAUGGCCCCAGCGGUCUGUGGGAUGCUCCUGGCGCUGGCUGUGUACGCCAGCAGCCUGUGCGUGGCGGGCAGCGCUGCUUUCCUCUACCACGACUACUGUAUCAUUGGGGCUGGCCCCUCAGGUUUGCAGGCGGCUUAUUUCCUCCAGCAAGCCGGACGGGACUAUGUCGUCUUCGAGCGGAGCCACGCUCCUGGCAGCUUCUUCGCCCUCUACCCUCGGCACCGCAAGCUUAUCAGCAUCAACAAGCGGUACACGGGCAAAUCCAACAGCGAGUUCAACCUCCGCCACGACUGGAACUCGCUCCUCAGCCACGACCGACGUCUGCUUUUCCGACGAUACUCCCAUGACUUCUUCCCCAACGCUGACACAAUGGUGCGUUACCUGGAGGACUUUGCUUCCUUACUGAAGCUGCAGGUCCAGUACAACACGGCCAUUGUUCAUGUAACACUGGAGAAGGAUGAGCAGGCCUGGAACGGUCACUACUUCCUCCUGACAGACCAGGAUAGGCAGAACUACAAGUGCAGCUCCUUGUUGGUCGCCACUGGCACAUGGGUCCCCAAUGUGGUAAACUUCCCUGGCUCAGAAUAUGUUGAAGGUUACGAGACUGUGUCCAUCAACCCAGAGGAUUUUGCUGGCCAAACCGUGUUGAUCUUGGGCCGAGGGAACUCAGCCUUUGAGACGGCAGAGAACAUUCUGGGCGUCACAAAUUUCAUCCACAUGGUGAGCCGGUCCCGUGUGCGCCUCUCAUGGGCUACCCACUACGUUGGGGAUCUGAGAGCAAUUAACAAUGGCUUGCUGGACACCUACCAGCUGAAGUCUCUGGAUGGACUUCUGGAGGGCGACUUAGAAGAUCUGGCUAUCGUCAAGGACAAGAAAGGAAAGCUGCAUAUCACGCUCCGGUUCUACCUGGAGAACAGGAAUGCCAGUGCAGGCAUUGACUCCAUCACCCUCCCUCAGGACGAACUGGAUAAUUUUGCUACCCGUGCACCUUACGACCGUGUCAUCCGCUGCCUGGGCUGGAAGUUUGACUUCUCUAUCUACAACAGAUCCCUUAGAAUGAUGCCAGGAAAAGGGAAUACAAAUAAGUAUCCUCAGAUCAAACCCAGCUACGAGUCCAGAGGCACUCGGGGGCUCUUUGUUCUUGGCACUGCUAGCCAUUCUGUUGACUUCAGGAAAUCUGCUGGGGGCUUCAUCCAUGGAUUCCGGUACACAACUCGUGCAGUCCACCGCCUAUUGGAAAACCGUCACCACGGUGUCCCCUGGCCAUCCACAGUCUACCCUAUUACACAGCUGACCAAUUCCAUCAUCAAGCGGGUGAACGAGGCCUCGGGCCUCUACCAGAUGUUCAGUGUCCUGGCUGACAUCAUACUGCUGAGAGAGAAUGCCACAGCAUUUGAGUACUUGGAAGAGUACCCAGUUGGAAUCCUGGCUGAGCUGGAAAUACAGACUGGGAGAAAGGCUCCCAGUGGGCUCUUUGUUGUCAUUAUGGAAUAUGGGAAGAAUUUCUCUGGGGCUGACAAGGAUGUGUUCUACUACAACCGAGCAGUGGGAGAGGCACAGCAUGCCUGGCAGUCCAACUUUUUGCACCCUGUGAUUUACUAUUACAAACGCCUCCCAACAGAGCAUGAGAUGAGACUUCGGCCCCCAGACUGGCCUCUCCCCCGCCCAGAUGCUGUCCAUCACAUAGUGGAGGACUUUCUGACAGACUGGACGGCCCCAAACGCUCACAUCCUGCCACUGAGGCGGUUUUUGGAGAACUGCCUCAGCACCGACCUGCGCAACUUCUUUGCAGAGUCCUGUUUCCUGUUUGCCUUCACCCGUCAGAAGCUGCCUCCCUUCUGUCAGCAGGGCUACAUCAGAAUGCAAGGGCUUGUGGGGAGCCAGGGGCUCCGGCACCACGCUGUAGAAGCUGGCCUGCUGGAGGAUUUCACUCUCACAGACUUUUUGAGUGACAGACUCCCUGACAGCCACCAAGGGUCACAGGACCAGUUGCUGAGAGAUCACACUAUACCAGUUCGUCCACUGCAGCAUCUCAUUAAUGCCAAGGAUGAACUUUAACAUUUCUCACUCCACACUGAAACCCACAGGUGCUGUUGUGACAAUAUUGUAACAGAGAUCCAUAGCAGGAUUCUGCCCUUUCACCUGUACGUUUUCCAUCCCCAUGCCUUCCACCGGUCAUGAGUUGCCAAAGACCUGCUCAGAUCUUGCUGUUAUGAAGAGGACCAGUGUGCUCUGAAGGAUAAGCAAGGGGCCAAAUUCCAAUGAUGCUGAGGCGCCUGCAUUGUCCUUGCGGAGUUCAGAGUUGCCUGAAGAUGGUGUUUAUCUGACAGACCAAUAUUUGCAGUGACGUCAAGGGGCCACAGAAGAGACUGCAGGAAUGCCUGGGUAACCUAAAGUGUCACAUCUGUCUUCUGAGGUGACCUGCUCGCACCCAGUGGCAGCCCAGUGCAGGCCCUCAGGUCCCUGGAUGCUGCACGUUGCAUAUGUUUGAAGAUUUGUUUGUGUGCUGAAUCCCAAAGCGGUACUCCAGGCAAACUUCAUGGUACUUCUUCUGCAUUCGAGUUAGGGCAGUCGGGUAGCAUGGGUGGAGAGGGGUGGGUUUUUUCGGUUAUCACGUUGGUCAGAUAAUUUGUCUUUUCCUGGAAAGCACUACAAGAGACCCUUCUCUCUACAGAGGAUGAGAAGGUUGCCUGGAAUGCCUGGGACACAGAGACUUAUGCUGAGUUUGGCUCUACUGUCCUCACGUUUUUCUUCUGCACCAAACAGCCUGGGAGGUUAGCCCCUGUCUUUUAUAAAGCAUGACCAACGUUUCUCCUAUUUGCACUAUGUCCCGUCAAGAAAGUUUAAGGUGGACUUUGAUGUUGUUAAAAUGCUCGUUGUCUAUUUUAUUUCGCUCCGGUUACCUUGAGAACCUACCGGCAUUGACUGGGAGGCUGUCUGCACUUUAUUGCUCCUUCUGUCAGCCACCUGCAUAUGUCACCUCCCUGUGGGCUCCUUCCAUGGCCUUGGCAUUGAAAAGCAAGAGCAGUUUUGAGCC